AUGGAAGACGUUUUCAAAACUACCCAGCAUAAAGAAGUUAAUGAAAUAUAUAGUAAUAAUAACAUCAGCAAUACAUGGCAAUUGAAAACUAUCACCAGCUCCAGUGAAGAAUACCAGCUGCAAUUGCAAACACCAUUUUUCAUUCGUCCCGGGCAAACAUACCAGCAACAAGAAAUUGGCACUACCUUCACCAACACCGACAAUAGUGAUAUCAACAUUACAAGUUUUGCUUACGAUUACAAAGAACCUGUCGAAGCAGCUUCCGGCAUUCCAGCGACUACAACAACUUAUAUCUCUAUUACUGAGACCUCAGCAUCCAGUGGACCCCUUGGUACGUUUCCUUCUGCCACAACUCUAUUAUUGGCCAACAGUCAUUUGAACAACUAUUGGGCUUUGUUAGCUUUGAUACUUGUGAUUGGUACAGCAGCUGGUAAUAUUCUUGUGUGCCUAGCCAUCACUUGGGAACGGCGUUUGCAGAAUGUCACAAAUUAUUUUCUCAUGUCUUUGGCAAUAACAGAUUUAAUGGUUGCAGUCCUUGUAAUGCCGCUGGGUAUUUUGACGUUAGUCAAAGGUUACUUCCCUUUGGGCUCAGAGCACUGCCUGACGUGGAUUUGUUUAGAUGUGCUGUUUUGUACUGCCAGUAUAAUGCAUUUAUGUACAAUUUCUGUUGAUCGUUAUUUAUCUUUACGUUAUCCGAUGCGCUUUGGACGUAACAAGACACGGAGGCGUGUUACUUUAAAAAUUGUUUUCGUAUGGUUACUAUCGAUUGCCAUGAGUUUACCAUUAAGUUUAAUGUAUUCAAAGAAUCAUGCCUCUGUCCUGGUUAAUGGUACAUGUCAGAUACCGGAUCCCGUGUACAAACUAGUAGGAUCGAUAGUUUGCUUUUAUAUACCCUUGGGUGUCAUGCUGUUGACUUAUUGUCUGACGGUAAGGUUGCUGGCUCAGCAACGCCAGAAUCUUGGUGGCACAAAUCAAACAGCAACACCUGGAUGGGCAAGUGGAUGGUUGGGGCAAACACCAGCAUUGGAGAGACGUCGUACAUGGCGACGUCUAUUAAAAACUGGCCAUAGUACAACUUCUGCCGUAGCACAUGCCCAUUCGGCCAAUUCUACCGAUACUGAGUUAUCAACAUUAGAUAAUCAUGAACUGUGGUUACCGGAGUCAAGUGUACAUGAGUCUAAGCUUACAACAAUGACUGCAUUGCAACAAUUUGGUGCCGAAAUGCUUAAACUAUCGAGAGGUUUAGAAUCAGUGGGCUCAUCGUCAACUACAUCCCCUACAAAAUCCGAAUUAUCCAGUGGCCUUCUGUUGCCUUUCCCACACAUGCCUCUACAAAAACAAAACUCUUUGCAACAAUACUUUUUGCCCCACCACCACCAACAAUUUCAAACGCAUCAUCACCAACACUCACACCAUCAAUUGCAAUUACAUACAACUUCCAAUCAACAACAAUUAUCCGCUGGCCAUCAGUCGUCGAAGAAUCUAGAACAACAACAGGAGCAUAAUUUAUUCGAACAGCAAAAGUUUAUAAAGAAUCAUGAAUAUCGCACAAUUACUGCAUCGUCAUCAGUAAAAAACCCUACAAAACCAUUGUUACCAGCCAUGAAUUUCUCACAGGAUUUUAAAACACGAAAGCGGUCUUUAUCACCGAUAUCAGGAAACUGUAAAUAUAAUUUUACCAAAAGGAGAAGAGCAUCGAUGGCAGCUCAUAUACCACCACCUAAUACUCCAACUACUCCGUUGCCUCAAAGAAGAAAUCGUUUUUAUAGUUUACCAAAAAAUACUUUAUUAUAUCGACAAUCAAAAUUAUCGCUUACAAAGAACUCCUCUGAUGUGCUGCUGUCUGCCAAGACUACGAGUUCACCAAAUAAAACAUGUCAUUCCGAUUCUGAGGUGGAAAACAGAGACAGCGGAAUACAUAAAAAUCGUUCAUCAGAUGACAAUUAUGCUGAAUUUCUUCAGUUGCCGCCUAUAUGCACGUGUCCGUAUUUUGGCAUCAGACCUUUGGAGAACUGUGUGAAGCCGGCAGAGGUUAAAAUUAUACCAACUACCUUCAAGUUAACAACAACAUCGCCCAGUGACAUUGUCACUACAUCGACGGGAGAUGAGAGCAGUAUAAUCCUAACUAACACUACAACGACAUCCAGUUUAAGUCCACACACUGUGUCCAUAAUUAACAAUAAUCAUUCGGCAAGUUCGUUGACGGUUCACUCCACUAACGACGGUUGUUAUUUAACUGCUCCUCAAACACCUAAGCGAAAAUUAAGCAUAUCAAAAACUGCCUCCAUUGUAACCUGGGAUUCGGGGAGACACCGCAGAAGAGGCUCUAGUUUUGGAGGAGCUCGCACCUCUUUGUUGCUGACACCCACUAAAACUGGACCCUUAACAACAUCUACGUCAGCGACUCCCUUAAGGAGAUCGGCUACCCUAAGAAGUCAUAAAAAUAUGAAUUACAGUGCCGCCGACAUGACAACAUCCAGUUCUCUGAAAACAAAAUCAAAGUCGCCGCACUCCUCCCCAUGCCUUUUGCAACGUAACCAAACAGUAAGAUCUCAUCACUCUCGGAAUUCAAGUGUCAUUUCAAGAAACUCCUCACGUCAUGGCCGUAUAAUACGCCUAGAACAAAAAGCCACUAAGGUAUUGGGGGUGGUAUUUUUUACAUUCGUAAUCUUAUGGUCACCAUUUUUCGUGCUAAAUCUUUUGCCCACCGUCUGCGGAGAUUGCGAAGACAAUAUAGACCACUGGGUAUUUGACGUAGUCACAUGGCUAGGAUAUGCUAGCUCUAUGGUGAAUCCCAUAUUCUACACAAUCUUCAAUAAAGUAUUUAGACAAGCGUUCAAAAAGGUUCUCCUCUGCCGUUAUACAAGUGGGUCUGGAUGGCGGCCACAUAGGUAGCAUACGCCGGUUGCA